AUGGAGGCCAGAUCAUUGGUCAAUCUAUUCGGUCUGUGGCCAUCCGCCCCAUUGUCCGUGGACGAGCUAGAGCGCGUGCAAGACAACAUUUCCAAGAUUUCGUCGUACGUCGAAGAGGCCCACGUCGAAGACGUGCAGAAGGUGUUGCAAGCUGUAUUGUCCCACGCAAGGCGCAUCAUCGAUGAGUUGAGAGACCUGAAAUUAAUCAGUCAGGAUCGCACCAAAGCGGGUGUCAAUGGUCAGGUGCUAAGCCAGAACGAGAACGAGGACGCAGGCCAUAGCGACAACCCCCAGGCCGCCUCCUCGACAGCACGAUGA